UCUCUCUCUCUCUCUCUCUCUCAUUAUUUUUACACAGAUAUUACUCUCUUUAUAGCAGCACCAUUCUUCUUCUCUCUCUCUCUCUCUCUAAAAGCCUCUCUUUCAUGUUCAUUCAUCUAUACUUUUUACGUCCCAUCGCCGAGUUCUCUCUCUCCCUAAAGCCCUCUCUUUCUCCCUCUCUUUCUCAUGAAAGAAGCAAGACCAACACAAGCUCUUUCCCGUGAAAAGAUCAAGCACCAGCACCUUCAAAUUUCUGUAUCACCACGAUCAAACACAUAAGACUGAAGAAAAGUGAGUGAGUGAUCAUAUUUGUCUGUGAGAGAGAGACAGAGAGGGAGGGAGGGAGAGGGAAACCCCACCUAUGGAGAUUAUGGUUUCAAACUAGUCAGAAGAGACAAAAUUAAAAUAUUCCCAGUUUCUUAAAUUAAAAUAGGUAAAUUUAGUGACCGAUCAAGCACGGACCCAGUUCUUGAUUAUGGAUUCUGCGUCUGGUGCCGGUGCAUCUGUCCCGAACAGCGGAGAGGGUCCGUCGGCGACGGGUUCCGCAACGGCUGCUGAGGACUCAUCAACGGCGCCACCGAGCAGGUACGAGUCACAGAAGCGGCGAGACUGGAACACCUUCUUACAGUACCUGAGGAACCACAAGCCUCCCUUAACUUUAGCCCGGUGCAGUGGGGCGCACGUGAUCGAGUUCUUGAAGUACUUGGACCAGUUUGGGAAGACCAAGGUCCAUAUCUUAGGGUGUCCUUACUUCGGGCACCCAAACCCUCCAGCUCCGUGUGCUUGCCCGCUAAAGCAGGCGUGGGGGAGCCUAGACGCGCUGAUCGGACGGCUGAGAGCAGCUUACGAAGAGAACGGUGGACGACCGGAGGCGAACCCGUUCGGAGCGAAGGCGGUGAGAAUUUACUUAAGGGAGGUGAGGGAAGGACAGGCCAAAGCCAGAGGGAUCCCUUAUGAGAAGAAGAAGCGGAAACGGCCCACAGUCACGGCCGCUACGGUGGUGGUUUCAGCGGCGGAGAAUGUGUCGGUGUCGGCAAGUGAAGGAGGGGAUGCUGGUGAGGGAAGUGGUGCUGGCGGCGUUGCUCAAGCGGCUACUACAGCACCUACCGCCACCACCACCAUAUAGUUGGACUAAUUUUUUCUCUGUUUUUCUUUGUUUUGAAACUUUUUCACUUUCAAAUUUCGUCUGUUUUAACGUUUAAUUGUCAUUAUUAUGAGGUUAGAUAUAAUUAUAUAUAUUUAUAUUUCUAGCGA